AUGGUUGACAUCGAGGACCUGGCAUCGGGUAACCACCCUUUUGACGAGGACAGGCGAGCCGGAUUAGGUCGUAAACAAAGCGGCAAAAGCGCCGUAAACAGCUUGAAUGGAGAGAUCUCAACCGUUGAUUCCCAAGCACCCCUUCCUGAAGUAGGAGGCGGCCGGCCUGCUGUUAGGCGACGGCCGAAGAAGUCAUCCGCAGUUCGCAUUGACGGUAACGGAAACGACAUCGGUAACGGUGUCAUUGAGAACGGUCUGAAGCAGGCAGGCGAGGUCUCGGACAGCGAAUUGAGGGUUUCAAAGCCAGAAGCUGGCAGCGGAAUUGCUCGUAUCGGGGAUGGCGCAGCGAAUGCGUUGGCCGAGCAUGGUGAUGAGAUCCAUCGCGAGGAUGAGAGUGCGCCGGCUUCUGUUCCUGGAACGCAGUCUAUAUUCAUCAAGACGUUUGGCUGCUCUCAUAACCAGAGCGACAGUGAAUACAUGGCUGGGCAAUUGGCGGCGUUUGGAUACCAACUGGUGGAGGUGCCAUCUGAGGCGGACCUGUGGAUCAUCAACACGUGCACGGUGAAGAACCCAUCACAGUCUGCAAUGGAUACGCUCAUCCGCAAGGGCAGGGAGCUGAGCAAACGACUCGUGCUCGCAGGCUGCGUGCCCCAGGGCGGCGCAUGUAGCAGCAAGACAUCACGUGCAUCAGGUGUGUGGGAGCACCCAGGGUACUCAGGCCGAGAGAUAGGUGACAGGGGGGUGGCGGAGGGCGAGGAAGUGAGUGUGGUGGGAGUGCAGCAGAUCGACCAUGGCGACAGUGGGGUGGCGGAGGGCGAGGGAGUGAGUGUGGUGGGGGUGCAGCAGAUCGACCGAGUGGUGGAGGUGGGUGACAGUGGGGUGGCGGAGGGCGAGGGAGUGAGUGUGGUGGGGGUGCAGCAGAUCGACCGUGUGGUGGAGGUGGUGGAGGAGACGCUCAAGGGCAACACCGUCCGCCUGCUCUCCCGCAACCGGGCCCUACCCGCACUCGACCUGCCCAAGGUGCGGCGCAACAAGUGGGUGGAGAUCGUGCCCAUCAGUGUGGGCUGCCUGGGUGCAUGCACCUACUGCAAGACAAAGCACGCCAGAGGCCACCUCGGCUCCUACCCUCUGCCUGUGCUGGUGGGACAGGGUGUGGGCGCUGUAUCAGAGGACGUGGACAGGGUGCGGGCAGCAGUAGCAGAGGGAGUGCGAGAGAUCUGGCUAAGCAGCGAGGACACGGGCGCCUAUGGUCGGGACAUCGGCAGCGACCUGCCCUCCCUCCUCUCCGCCCUCGUGACCUCCCUCCCCCCUGACGGCCGCUGCAUGCUGCGAGUCGGCAUGACCAACCCGCCCUACAUUCUCGAGCAUCUGCCCGAAAUCGCGAAAAUCCUCAACCACGCCUGCGUGUACAAGUUUCUGCACCUGCCCGUGCAGUCGGGCAGCAACAGCGUGCUGGAGGGCAUGAAGAGGGAGUAUACAGUGGAGGAGUUCUGCCGGGUGGUUGACACACUCAUGGGGCUGGUCCCUGGCUUGGAGAUCGCCACCGACAUCAUCUGUGGCUUCCCAGGAGAGACAGCAGCUGACUUUGAGCAGACCUUGGAUCUGAUUCGCAAGUACAAGUUUGCUCAAGUGCACAUCUCCCAGUUCUACCCCCGCCCAGGCACGCCAGCAGCGCGCAUGCCCAAAGUGCCAUCAGGGGAGGUGAAGCAGCGCAGCAGAGCACUCACCGCCCUCAUAGAGUCCUUCACUCCCUACACGAACCUUCUUGGAACCACCCAGAGGGUCUGGAUCACCGAUGUUGCCGCAGAUAAGACGAAGCUUGUCGGCCACACGGAUAGCUACGUGCAGGUGCUCGUACCCCCUGAUGACGUGGCAUUGGAUAAGCUGCCAGGUGGCAAGCCACCAGGUGACACGUCAGCAGCCAGUGUGUCUUCAGAUGACGCCGUGGAUCAAGAUAAAAAAGCUUUGGGGCAAAUUGCGACAGCCAAUGGGCGGACGGCGAAAGCGAAUGAGCCGACCAGUGGUGGCAAGAGUGCGCUUUUUGGGUCGGACUUGUUUGUCCGCAUCAUCACAGUCGGGCGGUGGUCUGUGAUUGGCGUGCCGGUGUCUGCCCCAGUGAAGUAUCUGCCUGUUGCUGCCGGAAGCCUAGAUAUUCUUAACAAGGCUCAGCAGAGCAAGGAGCAGCAGCAGGUUGAGACUGAAGAGCAGCCACCGCUACCACCAUUGCUGCAGGAGCAGCAGUCGAAGGAGCAUCAGGAGGCAGGAAUGGGGGGAGCGUCAGAUGGGUGUUGUGGUGGAGGGAGUGAAGGAGCUUGCGCUUGCUCUGGUGAUACUCCUGCUGCUGCUUCUGCAGAAGGGGACAAGUGCUGCAACACGGGAAGCUCGUCCUCCAGUGGUGUUUUGGCAGCAGCUGUGGAAGGAGAAGUGAACUCCACAACUGCGGUUCCUGCAUGUGGGAGAGGAGCAGGAAUGGGCGGGGAGUUGGUUGACAGAUUGUUGCUUGCUGGUAUAGCGGUAGGAGCAUUAGGCAUUGCGGUCUCUUUGGCUUGGACUGUAUACAUUCGCUACACUCCGCCUGUUUUUACCCCAACCCCGCUUCCGCCUGGUCCGCCUGCUUUCACGCCGUCCUCCGCCAUGUCGUCGCUCCCGCAAGGUCUACUCCCGUCCGAGGACGAUCUGCUAUACGAGGAAGAGAUUCUCAGAAACCCUUUUUCUCUUAAACUCUGGUGGCGGUACCUCGCGGCGCGGCGCGAUUCGCCCGCGCGGAAGCGGUACUUGAUUUACGAGCGCGCGUUAGUAGCUCUCCCGGGAUCUUACAAGCUAUGGGCGGCGUACCUUAAGGAACGCCGCGCGGCGGUCCGCGGGCUUCCCGCGAAUCACGCUGCGCACGCCGCUUUGAACAACGCGUUCGAGCGCGCUUUAGUUACGAUGCACCGCAUGCCGCGCAUUUGGCUCGAGUACCUAUCCGCGUUGGUAGACGACCAGAAGCUAGUAACGCGCGCGCGUCGCACGUUUGAUCGUGCGCUUCGAUCCCUGCCCGCGACGCAACACGACAGGCUCUGGGAUCCGUAUCUUAGAUUCGUCCGCCAGCCUGGCAUUCCCAUCGAGACCGCUCGCCGGAUAUUCCGCCGGUUUUUGCGGUUCGAUCCGUUGCGCGUGGAGGAGUACGUGGAGUUCUUGGUCGAAGCGCAGGAAUGGCGCGAAGCGGCGGAGCGGCUCGCGUCGGCUUUAAACGACGAGAAAUUCGUGUCGGUGCGCGGGAGAACGCGGCACCAGCUGUGGCUGCAGCUCUGUGAUUUGCUCACGCGGCACGCGGAGGUGAUGCACGGGGACGCGGGAGGCCGGGGGGGAGGCGGAGCAGUCGGAAGCGGAAGCGGAGGCGGAGGGGGGAUAGGCGGAAGCGGAACCCUAAAAGUGGACGCGAUUCUGCGAAGCGGAAUUCGGCGGUUUUCACACGAGGUAGGGCGAUUAUGGACGUCCUUAGCGGAUUAUUACAUCCGGCGAGGGCUGUUUGAGCGCGCUAGAGACGUGUACGAGGACGGAUUAACUAGUGUGAUGACGGUGCGCGAUUUCAGCGUGGUGUUCGACGCCUUGGCGCAGUUCGAAGAGAGUAUGCUGGCGGCCAAACUAGAGCUCACUGCUGGAGAGGAGGAGGAGCAGGAGGAGGAGGCGGAGGGGGAAGAGGAGGAAAAGGAGUGGUGGGAAGAGGAAGAGGACGGAGUGGCGGAGGGGGAGGAGGCGGGUGCAGGAGCAGAGGAAGCGGCGAGGAGAGAGGACGGGCAGGAGCAGCAGCAGGCAGAGGGUCAAGCAGACAAGGAGGGACAGCCCAAGGGGAAGAAGCUGACGAAACAACAACUGCUGAAGCUGCAGCAGCUCCACCAACAGCAGCAGCAGCAGCAGAAGGUACAAGACGGGGCAAAUCUGGCCAAGAAGCAGCAGAAGAAGAAGCCGUUAGACUGGAUGUUCCGAACAGCAGACGCGGAUCUGCGCUUGGCGCGCUUAGAAGCCCUCAUGGACCGCCGCCCCGAGCUCGUCUCCGCAGUCCUCCUCCGCCAGAACCCCCACAACGUGCACGAGUGGCAUAAGCGCGCCAAGCUCUUCCAAACCAAUCCUGAGCGUCAGAUCCUGACCUACACCGAGGCUGUGAAGACCGUGGAUCCGUUUCAGGCGGUGGGGAAGCCGCAUACGCUCUGGGUGGCGUUUGCAAAGCUGUAUGAGAAGCAUGGGGACUUGGGGAAUGCGAGGCGGGUGCUGGAGCGGGCCGUUCAGGCGCGGUUGAAAGCGGUGGAGGACGUUGCGGCGGUGUGGUGUGAGUGGGCGGAGAUGGAAGUGCGGCAUCAUAACUUCCACGGGGCGAGGGAGCUGCUGAGGCGAGCAACGCUGCAGCCGUCAGUGGCUGUGCUGCGCCAAGCGGCGGCGGAAGGAGACGAGAGGCCGCAGCUGAAGGUGUAUCGCAGCCUCAAGGUGUGGACGCUGUACGUGGACCUGGAGGAGAGCCUGGGCACUCUAGAGACCACCCGGGCGGUGUACGAUCGAAUCAUCGACCUCAAGAUUGCCACGCCUCAGAUCAUCAUUAACUACGCACUCAUGCUCGAGGAGCACAAGUAUUUCGAGGACAGCUUCAAGGUGUACGAGCGUGGAGUGAAUAUAUUCAAGUACCCGCACGCGCGCGACAUCUGGACCACCUACCUCUCCAAGUUCGUUCAGCGCUACGGAGGGAAGAAGCUGGAGCGGGCGCGAGAUCUCUUUGAACAGGCUCUUGAGAGUGCCCCAGCGACGGACUGCAAGCCACUCUACUUGGCCUAUGCAAAGCUAGAGGAGGAGUAUGGGCUGGCACGGCAUGCCAUGGCCGUGUAUGAGCGAGCAGCACAGGCUGUGCCGGAGGAGCAGCGCAUGGGCGUGUAUGAGCUCUUCAUUGCGCGGGCGGCUGAGCUGUUUGGGGUGGCCAAGACACGCGAUAUCUACGAGAGAGCCAUCGAGUCUGGCCUACCAGACGCGGAUGUGAAGCGCAUGUGCCUGCGGUACGCGGCGCUGGAGAGGCGGCUGGGGGAGAUCGACCGCGCGAGAGCCAUCUUUGUGCACGCCAGCCAGCUGGCGGACCCGCGCUCCGACGGGGAGUUCUGGGAGGCGUGGAACGCGUUUGAGAUCGCGCAUGGGAAUGAGGACACGUUCCGGGACAUGCUUCGGAUCAAGCGAUCCGUUUCGGCUAGCUACAGCCAGAUGCACUUCAUUCUGCCCGAAUACCUCAUGAAGUCAACCCCCUCCGUGCCCCGGGAAGGUGAUACUGGCCGGGGCAGGGAGGGCGCACCUGGGGAAGGCUUACUUGACGUCCCAGCUGCUGGGGGGAUGGAUAGCAUGGAAGCUUUAGAGCAGGCGGCUGCUGGGAAAGCUGCAGCAGGAGGAGCAGGGGAGGGGGCGGCGAAACCGCGCGUGCCCAUGUUUGUGAGCGGAGGGACGGUUCAAGAGCAGGAGACAGGAGCAGGGGUGAAAUCCCAACAGGCGAACCCGGAGGAGAUUGAAUUGGCUGAUGAGGAGGAGGAAGAGGAGGAGGAAGGGGAGGAGGGAGAGGGAGAGGGAGGGGAGGGCAAGGGGAGGAGCAAGGUGGGGGUGACGCAGGUGUCGGUGCCUGCAGGGGUGUUUGGUGCUCUGGCUGGGAAGGCAGAGGAAAUGGCGAAGAGAGAGAGGGAGGCGGCUGAGAAGGGCGGGGAGGAGGAAGGGAAGGAGGCGGCGCUGGGAGCGUUGGAGCGGUUUAAGAGGCAGAGGAAGCAGUAG